AUGUUGCAUGGUGUUGCUAUGUGUGUAUUGACCACAUGGAGGCAGAGAGUCACGCUCACUCUGAUGGACCAUCCAGCUCCUGUCGAGCAGCUCUCGGCUGCUGCAGAGCUGCAGAUGCCGUUCUCAGACACGGUCAAGUACAUUAUCCUGGGCGUCUCCGUGACUCUACUCCUGCUGGCCCUGGGCAUCCUGGCCUGGCAGACCUUCAGAUGCUGCACCAACACACACACCACAUACACCCAGCAAGACACGGUGAACAGUGAUGUGCUGGAUUCAGAUGAAAAGUCAACAACAGCAGGGAAGUACUCUGGAGCUCCAAGUAUGAAGGUGGAGGACGUCAGCACUGCGGUUCAAAGGCAGAGUCGUUGUUUGCCUCAGGCCUCCGGAUCCAGCGAGGCAGAGGGAGACGAGGGCGAGCAGCCCAACGUUAAACAGGUGGAUGGAUCUCUACGGUUCUCCCUGUACUACGACCAGCCACAGUCCCGUCUGGUGGUCACCGUCCUGCAGGUGGAGGGGCUUCAGGAGCUCAGCCAGACCUGCUGCCUCCAGCCAUUUGUUAAACUACGACUCAUGUUGGCAGGAUCAGAGGGAGUGGACGUAGAGGGUGGAGGGACGUCUCCUGCUCUGUGGACAGUGCUGCAGGAGUGGCAGACUCGCAUUGUGAAAGACAGCUGUAACCCUUUAUAUGGAGAUCAGUUCAGCUGCAUUCUCCGACAGGAUAAAGACGCACUUCAUCACGUCAGCCUCAGGAUGGAGGUGUGGGACUUUGAUAAAUUCUCGAGACACACGGUGUUGGGAGGGGUGAGGGUUCCUCUCGGGGAGCUCAACGUCUGUUACCCUCUGGAGCUGCACGAGGAUCUGCAGCAACCCCAGAAGGAUCGUGUCGGAGAGGUGCUGCUGUCACUGAAGUUUCUUCCCACUUCUCAGAGGCUUGAGGUUGGUCUGCUAAAGGUCAGAACAGUCCCCACUGAGAUAUCCUCAGAUGCCGCCGUUUACGUCAGGAUCAGUGUCCAGUGUAACCAUUGCAAGCUCAGGUCACAGAAGACCUCGGUGGAGGCCCGGUGCCGGGUGAACGUCUUCAACGAGGUGCUCAUGUUCUCGCUGCCCGAGUUUCCUGUGGAGCAGUGUAAAAUCAUAAUCUCUGUGUAUGAGACUCACACGACCUGGAAAUCACCCAAACAUCUGAUAGGACAGUUGACUGUGGGGAAGGAGAGGAGUACGGAAGACGAGCACUGGAACUGGAUGAUGCGCUCAGUCCGCCAGCCUGUAGCAAAGUGGCACGGCCUGCUGAUCUGAGCUGCAGUUCAUAAACCCACUUCUUAAAUCUCCC